UGACAUUUUAAAGCAGAGAAGAAGCCAAAAUAAUAAAACUGAAAUGCAAAUGUUAUGCAUCACUCCUAACCCACAAAUUCUAACUUUAAAUCUCUUGGGAGGCUAUAAAUACCAUGUAUCAUUUGAUAUUUUAAUCAUCGACCACAUUCCAAAACACAAGCUCAAAAUCUCAGUUAGUUGAGCACUUUCGAAUACCUGAGCUAGUAGCGGAAACAUGAAGGCAGUAGCAAUCUCUAUGUUGGUUAUGCUCGCCGUUGUUCAAUUGGUGGUUCCGGGAGAGGCUGUGGACUGCGGGCAAGUGAACUCGUCUCUGGCCACUUGCAUUCCGUUCCUGACAGGAGCAGACGCUUCUCCUUCUGCUUCAUGCUGUGCUGGGAUCAAGAACAUUAAGACACUUGCUCAAACUCUAGCCGAUAAGCGAGCUGCAUGCGAAUGUAUUAAGACAGCGGCUGCUCAUUACCCCAAUAUAAAGGACGAUGCUGCCUCUUCCCUCCCCAAGAAGUGCGGUGCUGACAUCAAUAUUCCCAUCUCCAAAACCACCAACUGUCAAGCGUAAGUAUUCCUCGUUAUUUUUAUAUUCUAUGUGUAUUAUUGAAUGAUCUUCGCUACCUAAUUUUGUGAAUCCA